UAUUUCUCUAUUUAGAGCUUAUAUAGCGUCUCUUGCUCUCCAGCUUUAAUGGCGUGAGAGACCGUACAGGCAGUGUAUAUCUACGGUCCCUCAGUAAUCGUAUGUAAUCCUUCAAUCUUUGCAUGCUUCACCAACUCCUCUAUUGAAAAUCCAAAACCCAAAUGAGAUGAUUUUUAUUGGAAUGAAAUGCGAUUGAAUUUCUCUGACAUCAUUCAUCAAAAACCACCUUCAUUGCAAUUUCUGAGCGAAACCCAGACGAUAAAAAGUGGUAAUCUCUUCUGGGUAUUUGUUGCUUAGCCGAUACGAAUCAAUAUCUGAUGUGGGAUUUCUGAUUCUGGGGAUUGAAGGGUUUGAUAGGUGUGUGGUCUCAUUCUGUGUUGAUUGUGCCUUUGUUGUUGUUGUUGUUUGUUUGUUCGUUGUUGUUGUUGUUUGUUUGAUAUUGGGAAGAGUUGAGAAAACAUGAAGAAUGAUGAGGAGCUUGAAAUGCUGUUGGAUGAGAUCCCUCAUGCAACUUCACACAAUAUCCAUCAUCAUCAUCAUCAUCAUCACCUGCAUCAACAACAUAAUACUACUCAUCAUGUCGACCAUGGGAAUGGGUCUUGUAUAAGUCCGACAAUUCAUAACAUGUAUGGUAUGUAUGAUGAUGACCGGUCAUGUCAUUGUAAGUAUGCAUAUGCCUCCUCUCCGGUUAGUGGGUUGUCUUUGCAUUCAGAUGGCUCUUCCUCAACCUUGUGCUCUGGUGGGAAUACUUUUUCUGACAAUGGAUCACCUACCCCACCUCCAUUGGAAGGGCUCAAACCCUACAUGCCUUGUGGAAGUUUCCAUUACCCAGAUGUACUAUGGUUGGAUUCUAAAAUACCCGACUCAUCUGUUAGGAAGAAGACCAAUGAGAGUUUGAUUGAUGAAAUGAGUCUGUGUAGAAACCUUAGUAAAGUGUAUAUUGGCAAUGGACAAGAGGAUUUUUCUAAUUUGAGAGGUUUAUCGGUAGACCAGGAUAGACUUCUGUAUCGUGAUUGUUCUUUCAGUGGGAGUAACCAAAUCAAUAUUGAUAAACAUGGGGACUAUACCUCUGAUUAUGUGGGAUUUCAAUCCCCUGUUCCAUUGAACGCUAUGAGUUUUGAUGGUCAGAUGAGUUCAGCAUUGUCAGGAUGGCAGCAGGAAUAUAAAUUGGGCAAUUCAUUGGGGCCAAGAUUGUUACCCAGACAGCCUGAUAAUUUUUGUCCUCAGUUCAAUUACUGCAAUAGCUCGAUGAAUUUUCCAGUGCAGAAAACAAAGGAGCAGAUAGGUAAUUAUCACUUUAGAGGGAGUCCAUUGUCGAGUCUCACUUCUUUGAAUGGACUUCCAAUGGCUGAGUCUUUAUACUAUGCAAAACAAGAUGGGAUGAAUUGGGAUGAAGAAAGAGGUCUACCUAAUCUGCUCAAUUCUCCUCGAUUGACUAACCCAAGGCCUCAUUUGAGUGUUGAAAGCAUACUACCGUUUGGCCUGCAGGCAUCCAAUGGGAGGACUAGGACAGCUUCAAACCUUAGAAUUCCACAAGCUGGUCUUGAGUCUCUUACUGGUGAGGAGAGCUUCAUUCUUCAAGGUGAGGCUUUAAAUCAUACGAGCAACUGGGGAAACGAUCGUACAAGGGGUCAGAGUAAGGGUGCCUUACAUGAAAUUGGCAUAAGUAAGCAUCUAGAAAGGUCACAGCUAGAUAGUCGGCGCCAAAAUGCAGGAAUGUGUCAAAAUGCUCGGAGUACUAGGAUACAUUGCCCAUUCUCUCUACCUUCUAAUUUUAACUCAUUGGCAGAAGCUCAAGGGUACAUAUAUUUAUUAGCAAAGGAUCAGCAUGGUUGUCGAUUUUUGCAAAGGAUUUUUGAUGAGGGUACUCCAAAAGAUGUGCAGAUAGUAUUUAACGAGAUCAUCGGCCAUGUAGUUGAACUUAUGGUGAAUCCAUUUGGGAAUUACCUUAUGCAGAAGUUGUUGGAUGUGUGUAAUGAAGAACAGAGAAAGCAGAUCCUGCUCAUGGUAACUGAAGAACCAGGGCAGCUAGUCAGAAUCUCUUUAAACACUCAUGGCACUCGCGUAGUACAGAAGCUGAUAGAGACUCUCAAAACCAGGCAUGAGAUUUCACUGGUUAUAACAGCCCUUGAACCAGGGUUUCUUUCUCUCAUCAAGGACCUGAAUGGAAAUCAUGUGGUCCAGCGUUGCUUGCAAUGCCUUGGCAUUGAAGAUAACAAGUUUAUAUUUGUUGCUGCUGCGAAGUAUUGUGUUGACAUUGCAACUCAUCGACAUGGAUGUUGUGUUCUGCAAAGAUGCAUCAGUCAUUCGAUUGGAGAGCAUCAAGAAAAAUUAAUUGCAGAAAUAUCUGCUAAUGGACUUCUGCUUGCUCAAGAUGCAUAUGGAAAUUAUGUUGUUCAGUUUAUCUUGGAGUUAAGAAUCCCUUCUGCCACCUCAACUUUGACCUCUCAAUUUGAGGGGAACUAUGUCCACCUCUCAUCACAGAAGUUCAGCAGCCAUGUGGUUGAAAAAUGUCUUGAUGUACUUCACUAUGAGAGCCGAUCAAAAAUCAUUCAUGAAUUUCUCUCGGUCCCUCAUUUUGAACAGUUACUUCAAGAUCCACAUGCGAACUAUGUUAUUCAAACGGCUCUUCGAAUUUCUGAGGGUCCUAUCCACAAUUUAUUGGUUGAAGCGAUCGAGUCCCACAAAGCGAUUUCGCGCAACAGCCCAUAUUCUAAGAGGAUUUGCUCUCAGAAGUUUUCGAAGAAGUGAUGUAAAUUCUCAUCUUCUCCGUUUGAAUUACUGUUGUCCUACACAAUUACUUACUUUCAUGUUAACUCUUCCACUAUCAUUGCCAUAUAUAUAUACAUAGAAAAUAUGAACUGUAAAGUCUGAUGCUGGUAACCAGACAAAGAGUUUGUCUUCUCAGGACUGCAUAAAAUACACUCCAUGUGCUCCGCUGAGUCGGGAAGAUGCAAUUUUGCUUCCAGUUUAGUUAUGGAUAUCAUGUAUUCUUCUGUUGUGUUGUUGAUCUAUGUUAUGGAUAUUAGCACUCUGCUUCUUGUGGAAUUUUCACUGUAUUUGAUUGUACAGUGUAUAGAAUUUUAGGAUUCGGUUGCUGUUGCUGUUGCUGUACAAAUAAUAUAAUGCGGAUGCUUUUUCAAUAAUUUUCCCUUUCA